GGAGACGGUUGACGCCCCUUUUCGACGAAGACGUGCUGCCAGCUGAGUGUAUGAUGAUAGAGACGUGAUGGUUGUAGGGGGUCAGAUUUUUCAAUUUGGGCGAGCCCUGGCCCGCACCAAAGAGUGCAUAAGGAUUUUCAACCUUAGAAAAUAUGACAGAGGCUACCUUCCUGCUGUGCGCCUUUACGCAUCCUCGAGUUCUGGCGGAGGAAAACAGGACAAAUCGGGCUCAAGUGAGGGCAGCAGCACAGCUAAAAUUAUUGCUGGCGUUGCCGUUACAGCUGCAACCGCUGCACUGGUUUACAAAUCUGGCAUAUUUGAACCCUCUGGGCCCGACACACCGAAAAAAGUCAGGAAAACUGCCCAGCCAAGAGGCAAAACCAGACCUCCUGUGGUGAAAGUUCCUGCUGAUGCAGCUAAUAUUCCAAGUCAAGUACCUUACUUGCUGAUUGGUGGAGGCACAGCCUCAUUUGCGGCAUUCCGAGCUAUCAAGUCCAGAGAUCCAAAGGCCAAAGUACUGGUUGUAACACAAGAAGGACACUUGCCCUACAUGAGGCCCCCACUUUCGAAAGAACUGUGGUUCAAUGAUGACAAAGAAGCGACGAAAAACUUGAAGUUCAAGCAGUGGAACGGCAAGGAGAGAAGUCUGUUUUUUGAACCUGAGCAGUUCUACUGCAAGGUGGAAGAGCUGGAAUCCAGGGAAAACGGAGGCGUUGCUGUCGCCUCUGGUUGGAAAGUGGAGCGCCUGGAUUUGGCAGAGAAGAAGGCGAUUUUGGCUGGAGGCAAGGAGAUCCAAUACGAAAAAUGUUUGAUCGCAACAGGAGGAAAGCCAAAGAGUUUGAGCGUGUUUGAGAAGGCAAGCAGCGAGGUCAAAAACAGGGUCACGCUUUUUAGAGGCAUUGAUGACUUCAAGGAGCUGGAUGAAGUUGCGAGCGGGGCUCAAAGCAUCGUUGUCGUCGGUGGAGGAUUUUUGGGCAGCGAGCUGGUCUGCGCCCUGGCGAAAAAAAGCAAAACGAUGGGCAACCACCCAAAAAUUAUCCAAGUCUAUCCUGAAAAGGGUAACAUGGGCAAGGUGCUCCCUGAAUAUCUUAGCCAGUGGACCACAAACAAAGUGAGGCAUGAAGGAGUUGAGGUCUUGCCUGAAGCAUUUGUGACUGGAGUCAGUCAGGAGAGUGGGAAGCUUGUUCUCAAGCUGAACAAUGGCGAGACAAUCAAGACCGACCACGCGGUGGUUGCUGUUGGUUUGGAACCCAACACGCAGCUGGCCAACACCUCUGGAUUGGAGGUUCACGAAGAAUUGGGUGGAUUUUUGGUUAAUGCAGAGCUUGAAGCUCGCUCCAACCUUUGGGUGGCUGGUGAUUGCGCUUGCUUCUUUGACAUAAAGCUUGGCAGGCGCAGGGUCGAACAUCACGACCACGCUGUUGUUUCUGGCAGACUUGCUGGUGAAAAUAUGACUGGUGCAGGAAAACCGUACUGGCAUCAAAGCAUGUUCUGGUCAGACCUCGGCCCAGACGUAGGCUACGAAGCGAUUGGAAUUGUUGACGCCACCUUGCCAACAGUUGGUGUGUUUGCGAAAGCCACAGAGGCAGACACUCCGAAAGCCGCCGUUGAGGCUUCAGGGGAGGGCGACAGGGCGCAGGCGGAACUGAAUGCUGCCCCCGUGAAGCCAGCAACUCAAGAGCAGGCGCACGGACCCAAGGAGGGUGAAGACUACGGCAAGGGUGUUAUUUUCUACUUGAGGGAUGACAUUGUGGUCGGCAUCAUCCUCUGGAACGUCUUCAAUAGGAUGAGCGUUGCAAGACAGGUCAUCAAAGAGGGCAAGAAGUUUGAAGAUUUGAACGAGGUUGCAAAACUGUUCAACAUUCACGGCGAGUAAACUUAUGAAUCGACAUGUAGGCGCACUACCAGCAGUGGAAAAGCAGACUUUGUUUCUGGGUGUACAUAGACGAUAAACACAGUUAACAGGAAUCAAUUUAAUCGCAAUUUGAUGUCUAAGUAAGCUUCUUGGGUCGUUUUAAAUGUUGUAAAUGAUAUGAUUUUUUGUUUUCAUUAAGUCCUAAUGUAAUUGAGAUCUCUGUGUGACAAAGUUCGCCUCUUACGUGCUGGUUCUGUGAGUUUUUAAAGCAUUUAAAACAACCGACCUUCAUUAGUUCAUUUAUCAUUGGUUAACUAGAAUAAAAGUUGGUUAACAAAAUA